AUGGGCGGCAUUGGGAAGACCGCCCUAGCACAACUUUUGUAUAAUGAUGAAAGGGUAAAAUCAUAUUUUGAUAUGAAAGCUUGGGUCUGUGUAUCUGAAGAAUUUGAUCUUUUCAAGAUAACGAAAACAAUUCUUGAGGCCAUUAAUGGAGCCGCUUUUAGUUGUACUCGUGAUGUAAAUGACUUGAAUCUGCUUCAAGUGGAGCUAAGAGAGUCCCUUAUUGGGAGGAAAAUUCUAAUAGUUCUGGAUGACGUCUGGAAUGAGAGCUACAAUAACUGGGACAUGCUACAAACUCCGCUUAAAGUUGGAGCAAGUGAUAGUAAGUUUAUUGUAACCACACGCAAUGCAAAUGUUGCAUUAACCAUGCGUGCGCAUCACACUCAUCAUCUCGAGCAACUAUGCUUUGAAGAUAGUUGGCGGCUAUUCACAAAACAUGCAUUUGAAAAUGAAGAUCCUGGUGCACAUCCAAAACUGGAGGCCAUUGCAAAAGAAAUCGUGCAAAAGUGCCAGGGCUUGCCUUUGUCCAUCAAAACACUUGGGGGUCUUUUGCACUAUAAGAUGGAUGAAAAAGAAUGGGAUAACAUAUUGAGGAGUGAAAUGUGGGAUUUGCCGAGUGAUGAACUUCUUCCAACUCUGCGGUUAAGCUAUUAUCAUCUCCCCUCAAAUUUGAAGCGAUGCUUCGCGUAUUGUGCAAUUUUUCCUAAGGGCUAUCAGUUCCGAAAGAGGGGGUUGAUUUUAUCGUGGAUGGCAGAAGGUUUUCUGCAACAACCAAAAAGCAAGAAAAGAAUGGAAGAGAUAGGGGACUGGUACUUUCAUGAAUUAUUGACAAGGUCAUUUUUUCAUAAAUCGAGUAGCAGAGACUCGUGUUUUGAAAUGCAUGACCUUAUAAAUGACAUGGCUCAACAUGUAUCUGGAGAUUUUUGUACUCGAUGUUCGGAAGAUAAGAUGAAUGAUGUGUAUAAGAAGACUCGCCACUUCUCAUACCUUGUAAGUGAAUAUGAUUCCUUUGAAAAAUUUGAGACUCUUGUUGAAGUUAAAUGUCUCAGAACCUUCUUCAAAUUGCAACCACUAUUCAUGCAGUCUUGCUUAAGUAAUAGGGUUUUACAUGAUGUGAUACCAAAUAUUAGAUGCCUCCGUGUUUUGUCCUUGUGUGGUUAUUGGAUUGUUGAUUUGCCUGAUUCAAUGGGCAAUUUAAAAUGUUUACGUCUUUUGAACCUUUCUCACACACCUAUCAAAAGGUUACCAGAAUCAGUGUGUAGUUUGUAUAAUUUACAAAUAAUUCUACUCUCUAAUUGUCGUUGUCUCUGUGAGUUGCCUCGUGGAUUGACGAAAUUGAUUAACCUACGUUAUCUUCGUAUUCGUGAUUCUGGAAUAAAAGAGAUGCCUGAUCAUAUUGGUCAAUUGAGAAAUUUACAAGAAUUGAGCAGAUUUAUUGUGGGUCAAACAAGUGGUCGUAGGAUUGGAGAGCUCAGGGGGCUUUCAGAAAUUAGAGGGAGGCUACACAUUUCAGAACUCCAGAAUGUGGUUUGUGGUAUGGAUGCCUUAGAGGCAAAUUUGAAGGAUAAGAAGUAUGUUGAUGAUUUGGUGCUGGAGUGGAAGAGCAACUCUGAUGUUCUACAAAAUGGAAUUGACAUAGUCAACAACUUGCAACCGCAUGAAAAUGUCCAGAGGCUUACCGUUGACUCCUACGGGGGUACAAGAUUCCCCGAUUGGUUAGGAGAUCAUUUGUUCUUAAAUAUGGUGUUCCUAAAUCUCAAGAAUUGUCAACAUUGCUCUUCUUUGCCGUCACUCGGCCAGCUGUCCUCGCUUAAGGACCUUUAUAUCUCAGGGGUGCAUGGCAUAGAGAGAGUUGGUACUGAUUUCUAUGUCAAUAAUUCUUCCUCAGUAAAGCCCUUCACAUCCCUGGAAACUCUCGUUAUUGAGAAGAUGAGACAGUGGAAGGAAUGGGUAUCUUUCGGAGGAGGCGAAGGUGGAGCAUUCCCUCAUCUGCAGGUGCUCUGCAUAAGGCACUGCCCCAACCUCACUGGAGAAGUACCCUGCCAACUUCCUUCCUUGACGAAACUUGAGAUUUGUGGAUGUCAGCAGCUUGUGGCUUCAGUUGCAAGGGUUUCAGCCAUUCGAGAAUUGAAGAUACUCAAUUGUGGUCAGGUUCUGUUUGGAAGCCCGCCUUAUGACUUCACUCAUCUUCAAACUUUAGAAAUUGAAAUUUCAGACAUCUCACAGUGGAAGGAACUACCUCAGGGAUUGCGGGGGCUCACAAUUCUAAAAUGCUUCUCUGUGGAGUCUCUACUAGAGGGAAUAAUGCAAAACAACAGUUGUCUUCAACACUUGACUCUCAAAUGUUGUUGCCUUUCCAGAUCCUUGUGCAGAUGUUGUUUACCCACUGCAUUGAAAUCAAUAAGCAUAAGUAGGUGUAGGAGACUACAUUUCCUCCUGCCUGAGUUCCUAAAAUGCCACCAUCCCUUCCUUGAACGAUUGUGUAUUGAAGGUGGUUACUGUAGAUCUAUCUCAGCCUUCUCAUUUGGCAUCUUCCCUAAGUUGACUCGUCUUGAAAUCAAUGGUAUUGAGGGGCUUGAAUCCCUCUCCAUUUCGACUUCAGAGGGAUCUCUCCCAGCUCUUGAUAUUCUAAAAAUCCAUAACUGCCACGAUCUCGUAUCUAUUGAGUUUCCAACUUUCGAGUUGACACACUAUGAGAGCAUUCAUUGCAGGAAGCUCAAGUCGUUGAUGUGCUCCCUCGGCUCUUUUGAGAAACUAAUUUUACGAGACUGUCCCCUAUUGUUGUUUCCAGUUCGAGGUUCUGUGUCCAGCAUAAAUUCACUUAGAAUUGACGAGUGCGACAAACUCACACCCCAGGUGGAGUGGGGCUUGCAAGGGCUGGCUUCUCUUGCACAAUUCAGCAUUAGAUGUGGAUGCCAAGACUUGGUGUCGUUUCCAAAGGAAGGCCUGCUGCCCUCAACUCUCACCUCUCUUGUAAUUGAAAGUCUUCCAAAUCUCAAGUCUCUGGAUGGCAAGGGGCUUCAACUGCUUACCUCUCUUCAAAAAUUACACAUCGAUGAUUGUCAGAAUCUUCAAUCCCUGCCAAAAGAGGGGCUUCCCAUCUCCAUUUCUUUUCUAAAAAUUAGCAACUGUCCCCUGCUGAAAAAUCGAUGCCAAUUCUGGAAAGGGGAAGAUUGGCAGCGUAUAGCUCACAUUCCACGCAUUGUGGUGGACGACCAAGUUCUGUAA